AACUUUUUCUAUAGUCAUUCUUAUAAUACGUAAGGAUUUAUUUGUACCCACGUAUUACAAGUGCGAUUUAGUGGGUCGGUUUUCCUCUACCUGUGUCUGUGGUUCUUUUUCGUGGAGGAUUUCCACGUAAAUCCUUUUGCUUAUCAUAUCGCUUAUUGCUGUCCGUUCAUAACACUACUUGUCAUCUGAAAGUUGUACAGAACAGAUAUGGAUAGAGAUUAUCUGGGAAAAUUGAUUCUGGGAUUGCUUACGUGGGGAGGAAUUGAUUUUUUGAGGAAAAGAUUGUUAAGUAAAAAGGAGGAGAAAGCUUCAACAAACGUUCAUGAUGCAAAGAUGGAUUAUGCGAGUCAGCUACCAGAUGAGGUUUUGUCUUACAUUCUCGAACGUAUGACACUAAAAGAUGUUGUUAAGACGAGCAUUUUAUCUAGAAGGUGGAGAUAUGUGUUUGCUUCUAUGGCUAAAUUACGAUUCAGCCUUGACACGAUUGGUGUCUUUAACUAUUAUUUAGAUCAUACAUGUCACCCUUACUAUCAGCGAAAAUUCUUGCAAGUUGUAAAUCAGUUUUUGCAACUUUAUUUGGGUCGUCGUAAAGUGGUGGUUGAUCUUGAAAUGCACAUUUUCAUUGUGAGAGAGCUUUCCAGUGAAUUUGGCCAGUUGAUGCAUUCUGUUUCACAAUUAGGUGUUGAAAGAUUACAUCUCAACUUUAGCUGUGGCAAGUUUUUUCCUACCUCAGGUGCCAUUGACCUCUGCCCCAACAUGUUUUUCGAAUUUUCCCUUGAGCUACUCUCUCAGGCAUCCUCCUUGAAAUAUUUGUCUUUGAGUGUUUGCAUUGUAAAACCAAGUGUCACACUCCGUCUCAACUCCCUCAAGAGCCUUUUCUUGACGAGUGUUCUGGUAAAAAGCGGACAACUUGAGAGUAUUUUGUCCUCGUGUUUGAACCUUAGUCAGUUAAUCAUAAAACAUUGCAAGCUUCCGCUUGAGCUGUGCAUCUCUGGUGCAGUAAGAACUGUUCUUUUUGCUGAUUGCGGCGGAUUGAAAGAGAUUGAUCUUCAGGCUACAAAUCUUCGUCGGUUUGAGUGUUUGUUUGAUGACAAAGUAAGGUUUUACUUUUCUUCUGUUCCUUCGUUGGAACGUGUAAAAAUUGGUCUUCGCGGAGAUGCUUCAAUGCCAUACAUAUUUGGUGAAUUUGCAACGAAUAUACCUGCUCAGGUUAAAUCUUUAAUAGUCACAGCCUUUUAUACCCAGGCAACACACUUGCCAACAGAGAUGCAGAUAUUCGGAAACCUUAGGAUGUUAGCCUUGCUAUUUGAAAGCACAUACGACUCUGACAUAGUCAAAGUUUCCCCCGUCUUAGACGCCUGUCCUGUUCUUCAAUAUCUGGAUAUAUUGCAACACAAGACAUAUAGGCAAAAGGCAAGAGGAAGUCACAUAAGGUCUCCUUUAUCUCCUACAUAUCACACUGAGCUAAAAGAAGUGAGAUUCGGUGGAUUUCAUGGAACAAGAGAAGAGAUUGAACUUGCUAUUUAUAUUCUGACAAGUGCAACGGUACUCGACCAGAUGUUACUCAGCCAGUACUCAAUCGGCCCAUAUUAUAAAGCUUAUUAUGGUCAUGAUAUAUGGGAGAAAAGAGAACCAGAACGCGUCUCAAUCCAACAACUACUCCUUGGCCAAGCUGUCUCUAGUAGUACUGUGGUGAUCAUCCAAUAGGUUCCUGUACAAAAAACUAGCACAUUGCGACCAUUAGUGCCUUUUUGGUCGCAAUGUGCUAGUUUUUUUUUUUAGACAUGAUGCGUUAUUAUUUUAGCUUAACAUAAUGAUUUAUAUGAACCGUCAUUUAAUUUAG